CAGCACGUGAGCGCACGAUUUAAAUAAAAUAAUAAUAAAAAAAAUAAAUAAAUCGUUGCAAACAUUUUUUUAUUUUUCCCCCGACGUGUGUAAACGCGAGCAGCUGCGCUCUCGUGCCGUUAAGGUGAUGUUGUCGCGUGCGCGUUUAAGCCACUGGCUCGUGCUGCUGCUGUGGUGCUGUAGGUCGCGCGCGCGAACGGACGGCUGUCCGGUCCAGUGUACCUGCGAGGAGGACGAUGUGUAUGUGAGAGUGGACUGCGCCGACCGAGGACUCACCUCACUGCCGGAGUCUCUCAGCGCUUACACCACUUACCUUGAUCUGAGCAUGAACAACAUUAGUCAGCUGCCCAGCGACGCUUUCACCACUCUUCACUUCCUGGAAGAGCUGCGACUAGCAGGAAAUGAUUUGAUGGACAUUCCUAAAGGAGCAUUUGAUGGACUUGUCAAUCUCAAGACUCUAAUGCUCCAAAACAACCAGCUUCAGGAGGUCCCCAGAGAGGCCUUUAAGAGCCUGCAGAACCUCCAUUCCCUUCGAUUGGAUGCAAACCACAUCUCAAGAGUGCCACAAGACUGUUUUGAUGGACUGUCCUCCUUGCGCCACUUGUGGCUGGAUGACAACGCUUUGACAGAGGUACCUGUUGAUGCCCUGCGUACCCUCUCCUCCCUGCAGGCGAUGACCUUCGCCCUCAACAAGAUCACCCACAUCCCAGACCGAGCGUUUGCCAAUCUUUCAAAUCUGGUGGUUCUGCAUCUCAAUAACAACAGAGUGCUGUCCCUGGGAAAACAGAGCUUUGAUGGACUACAGAGCCUGGAGACUUUGGAUUUGAACUACAACAGUUUGGAGGAGUUUCCUGUCGCUAUCAGAACCUUGAGGACUUUAAAGGAGCUGGGCUUUCACAACAACAACAUCAAGUCUAUCCCUGAGCAUGCCUUCAUUGGAAACCCCUCUCUCUUAACAAUAUUCUUCUAUGACAACCCCAUACAAUUUGUUGGUCAGUCUGCUUUCCAGCACUUGCCAGAGCUCAGAACACUGUCUUUAAAUGGAGCAGCAGAUAUCACACAGUUCCCAGAUCUCACAGGCACACAUAGUCUGGAGAGGCUCGCUAUCACGGGUGCAAGAAUCACAUCUCUACCAACCACAGUGUGUGAGCAGCUUCCCAACCUGCAGCUUCUAGAUCUUUCAUACAAUCUAAUCCAAUCCCUGCCCAGUCUCCAAGGCUGCAAAAAGAUUCAAAAGAUUGAUCUCCAUCAUAACCAGAUCCAUGAGCUGCGAGCAGACACGUUUCGAGGUUUGCCUUUACUCAAGUCCCUUGGCCUAGCCUGGAAUAAGCUGUGCUCUGUGGACCCGCUCUCCUUCUCUGAAUUGCCAGCUCUCACCAAACUUGACCUGACUUCCAAUCACCUCUCAUCUUUACCUGUGGUUGAGAUGAAUGUACUGACUCACCUGAAACUGGCUGGUAAUGUAGACCUCCAAGAGCUAAUUCCAGUGGAGGAAUUCCCCAGACUAAGGGUCAUGGAGAUGCCGUAUGCAUUUCAGUGCUGUGCCUUUCUGACCUGUGAGAAACAUGCCAUCGGUUGGGAAAAAGAGAAGAACAUCAGCGAUGACGUGGGAAGGAAAGACGGUGCUGCCUCCAACCCAGGAGAACAUGAAUUUGAGGAUCUUUUCCCAGACCCUGAAGAUGACACUGUGUCACACCACUCAGUCCAGUGCUCCCCACCACCAGGUAAUAGAACAACACCUCAUCACAAUUGCUUUUCUUACUUCCGUUUCCAUCUAAAUGUUUUGUUUGUUUCUUUUUAUCCAGGCCCGUUCCAGCCGUGUCUUUAUCUUUUUGAGAGCUGGCUCGUCCGCUGCGGAGUUUGGAUCAUUGCCGUCAUGUCCCUGGUUGGUAACGCUAUGGUCAUGGUGUCCAUCUUUCUUUCGCCAACGUUUUUGUCUCCCGUAAAGCUGCUGGUGGGCUUGCUGGCGCUGGUCAACAGCUUGACAGGACUAUGCAGUGGAGUUAUGGCUCUUGUAGACGCCCUCACCUUUGGUAGCUUUGCUACGUAUGGCGCUAACUGGGAAAGCAGUACAAGCUGUAAGCUCACCGGCUUCGUGUCGGUUUUUGCGUCAGAAACAAGCGUUUUCCUCUUGACCGUGGCUGCUGUGGAAAGAAGCUUUUCUGUGCAUAACGGCAAAGCAGCAUUGGAUUGUAGCGCAUCAAAAGCCAUGGUUAAGCUAGCAGUGCCACUUUGCUUCAUCUUGGGAUUGGCUGUAACAUCAGUACCUCUCCUACACAUUGGUGAGUACGGCAUAUCAUCGCUCUGCCUUCCUCUUCCUCUCGGAGAACAUGCUGGCUUAGGCUUGAUGGUGGUUCAAGUGCUGGUCAACUCUCUGUGCUACCUCGUCAUGACCGUCACCUACACGUGUCUGUACUGCAGCUUAGAGAAAGGGGAACAUGACAAGCUCUGGGACUGCUCCAUGAUCCGUCAUGUGGCCUGGCUUCUUUUCGCGAACUGUGUCCUCUACUUCCCUGUAGCAUUCCUGUCAUUUUCUGGCUUGCUGAAAAUCUCCGCCGUAGGCCCGGACGUGGUCAAAUCAGUGCUUCUGGUGGUUGUACCCUUACCUGCAUGCCUUAACCCCUUGCUUUAUGUGCUCUUCAACCCCCAUUUUAAAGAGGACCUGGGACUCCUGGUCAGACACACUCGGGUGACGCUGCUGAGAAACCAGCACCUGAGCCUGGCCUCACUCGACUCAGACGAUGCCGAAAAGCAGUCCUGUGACUCCACGCAAGCUUUGGUCUCUUUCACCAGUUUAAACAAACAACCAACAUGUUUGGCACAGAAUAGCAAGCCCCAUCAUCUCGCCAUGCACUGUGUGUGUACGUCUUAAAGUUUUCGACUUUCUUUAAUUAAUGAUUUUCCACACAGCCCAGUGCAUAAAAGAAACCCAGUCGACGUGACAUGGGUUAGUGUGAAAGCAUAAGCGUGUGCAUUAUUUCAACGGCACAUAGACAAGCCUUCAGUAAGACUGCGUGUGUGUUGGUUGAGUGUACAUGAGGAGAAUACUGAUGUCUUAUGCUUUGUCCAGACUUGGUGGCAGGGUCUUAACCUGCAUUUAACUCUCAAAUGGUACUUUUAGCUGCCAAGUGUCCUGCAUACAAAGGAGAAGCCUAACAGCUGUAAUAUUGUUGCUCAAGAUAUUUGUUUUACUUUUUUUGUGGGUUGCAUUUCCAUAUUUCAUGGACAAAUUUGUCUGUAAAUUCUCAGAAGUUUUUUUUUUUUUAUGUCUCUCUCCCUGUAUGCACAAUACAUUGUAAAUGGGUCUUUCUAUCUCAAGUGUUCCAAUGCAGGUUGCUCGAUUGUUUUUAAUUUUCCUCAUUGUUUUUUUGAGUGAUUACCUCUAUGUAUUGGCAUCACCAUUCAUUUUUAAUUUCUUUUUUACUUGGUUUAACUACGUCAGCAAUUUUUGUCAUGGCACACAACAAAUUUUGGUUGUACAGCUGUUUACGGAAACCACUGUGCUAGGCAAGCACAGUGUGCAUGCAGAACAUUUCAGGUUUAAGACGUCUCUUAUUAUUAUUAUUUUUUUAUGGGAGCGAGAAAGUGCAAUUUUUAAAAAAAUUCCCCUCACUUUCGGGUUGAAUAUUUCUGAUGGGGGACCAGAUACGAGCAUGAAAUUCUCACAGAAAUAAGUACUCCAUAGUAGCAUUGUACUGUAAUAAUUAUGAGUUUGAGGUUCAAGGUAAACUCUGCAGGACAGUGGACCUUGAGGGCGAGAUUUGUAAAACCAGCCUGAUCUAUCAUGUUGGUACAGGUGUGCAGUUGGCAUGCGUGAAUAGUAGUGUGAUAAUGUAGUUAAACCAAGUUAAAAAAAAAAAACAAAAAAAAACAACUGGUGGUUUUGCAAUGCCAAUACAUCUAGGUAAUCACUCAAAUUUAUUUUGGAAAAAUUAAAAACAGCUAAGCAAACAACUUUGGAAUUAUUGGACCACUUGAGAUGGAAUGACUGAAAUAAAUGGAAAUGUUUUGGCAAAACUUUAUAAGACAGUUACGUUACAUAACAUUAUACGAUUUUAGUGAUAUUGAAGAUGCCAUCUCAAUGUGUGAUAUUUAAUGUUUUAUUUUUUGACCUAUGCAAUGGUUAAAGUAUUAAACAUUUAACUAAAUGUGACGAUAAUGCUUCACUCUUGAUAGACAAGGCAGUUCGAAUAUAACAUUCAGCCAGCUACUUACACUUGUAAGGGUGUAUAGAGUACACAGUGUUGUGUAGAUCUUCAUUUGCAUGGUAAUGUUACAUUCUUACUGUUGAAUGUGUAAUUGCAUGAAACAUUUCAGAUAAUCGAUGAAGUUUUAAGUAACUUUUAAUUGUUAUAACACUUGUUAUAGUGCAUUCGAUCUUUACUAGCACUUGUUUAGUACUUGACAUCCCCAUUCAUAAUUAGUUUAAUGCAUUCAUAACACAUCGUCCUGCUUUAUAUGUAUAAAUGUAACAUUAAAUGUAGAAAUAUUCAUAGCAAGGCUUCAAUAUGAACCAAUUUGCUAGUUUAUAAAGGCAUUGGAUCCAUAGAUUGCUACAUGGAUAUCUGUGUUAUAUUAUAUAUUGUAUUGUUAAAACAUCAUUUUAAUUUCGACAUGUUCAGCAUUUCUAGUUAUGACAAAGUAGUACAUAACGCAACAUGAUUUGAUGUCAUUAUGUAGUUAAAGUAUCACUCUUUAACAUUUAACAUGACCAAUCAGUGAAAUGCUUCCAGGUUGCAACUAGUAAAUAUAAAAUAUAACAUAAAAGGAACAACUAGGAAACAGAAAAGAAACCACUGAAUGAACAUUACAGUAGGUGUUUAAGCUGAUCCAAAUAUAUUCACAUUCACACAUAUUUUCUAAUAUACGGAGCAGAACCUUUGUAUGAAUCAAUUGCGAAAGAUAAAUGAAAAAAAAAUGUAGAGCUAGGAAUGAUGUGAUAAUGAUGUGUUGCGUAAAGAAAGAGCUGUGGAUUUGAGUUAUAUUAGCAGCUAUUCUUCACCACUGAAGUGUACAUUCUCAUGUCUGUAUAUAGAAUGUCUUUUUUAUACCUUGGAUAUAUCAUGUGAUUUGUAUUAAAGACAUUUUAAAAGAAAUAAAUAAA